UAUAGUAUUGUCUCUAAAUGCUGCGUCGCAGAAGUUCUGAGUCAAAAUGGCGCUAGCACGAAUGAGAAACACGAAGGGCGCGAAUGCCACUGAGAUAGAAAAGAAAAUUAAAAGAGGUAAUGCUCUAAGGCAGGGAUCUGCAUGGAGGGGAUACCGAGGACUUAUGGCCUUGCUGCUGGUUGCUCUAUCUGUGUGCGGGGCGGCUACAUGGUUGUACAUGAGCUCGCUGGACAGUGACAUCACAGAAACACUGGUCAGUCAGCAUGAGCUGGUCUCUCCUGAGCCCAGAACCUACACAGUCCAGUGCUCUGAAGACUACGAAAACUACAAACGCUAUCCAGGAUGCACCCCUCAGAGGUGUGGCCGUGCAGUAACAGACAGCGUGGUAACAAGGGACGAAGCUCAGGUCCUCAGGAGGCUGGCUGAGAGGGGGAUGGCACUGGCUGGGUCAGAGGGAGGAGCUUCCAUACUGGACCUGCAUUCUGGAGCGUUGUCAAUGGGAAAACAGUUUGUCAGCAUCUACAGGUAUUUUGGGGAUCAGAUCAGGGAUGUGUUUACACAAGAGGAUUUCCAGCUUUACAGGGAUGUACGUGGACGAAUCCAGGCAGUUAUUGCUGAGACGUUUGGUUUGAACCCGAAUCUGAUGUACCUCACCAAGCCCACCUUCUUCUCCAGAAUCAACAGCACAGCAGCAAAGACUCAACACGACGAGUACUGGCACCCACAUAUAGAUAAGGUUACUUAUGGUUCUUUUGACUACACGUCUCUCCUUUACCUGUCUGACUACGGCUCUGACUUCAGUGGAGGAAGAUUUGUCUUCAUGGACCAAAAUGGAAACCGGACAGUGGAACCACGGGCAGGACGAGUCUCUUUCUUCUCCUCCGGCUCAGAGAACCUCCACCGUGUGGAGAAGGUGACGUGGGGGACACGCUACGCCAUCACCGUGUCCUUCACCUGCGACCCUGCACACGCCAUCUCCGACCCUGCCCUGCCCUGAGGCACCCAUGGGUGACGGCACUGCCCACUGGCUUGGACAAACCCUGUAACAAAGAGGGGAAAGAGGAAUGGAGGACAAAGGGAAAAAUGAGGAAGGAGGGGAAGGAAAAAGUGAGAUUUUAUAUGGAGGUCUCACAGCUAACCUUGAUAUACAAUACUGUAGCUACACAGUCAAUGUCGGUUAUUUUCUUUUAUGUCCAGAUAUUGACUCGCUGCACCUUACUGAUUGUGCCACAGAAAAAAAGCUACUUUUUCAACCUCUCUUCUUUAGAGGUGUUUUCUUAUUUGUUACUGAACUUUGUGUUUUUAUCCAAUUUUCUACUGCAGUCCCUUUUUUUUUUUUUUUUUUUGUAUUGCACCAUCCUAAUUGCUAGUGUUAGGCGUGUUUGGGUUCCCCACAGGUUUCCACAAUCUGCUCUUCUUAAUCAUUUGGGGGGUGGCUCGAGCAGAAAUUGCUUCUCUGUUGAAAACAGCUUCAGAAAAAAUUUUCUGUGUCUCCCCAUGUGUUUUUCAUUUUAAGGAGAGCUGUCAAUUCCCUGGAGAAAGGUUACAGAUCUGGUGAAUCGCCAACUGAAUCAACUUUUCAUCACAAAAUCCCCAUAUCUAUUCACCCCCACCCAUUACGCAGGAGGUGUUUUCUUCUAAGAAGAACCCUCUCUUUUUCUAAGAGAAAUUGCUCCUUCCAGUAUGUUGCCAUUUACUUCAUUGUGGUCAUUGAGAACGCUUUGAAAUAAAAUGCUGACAGAACCUGAGAAACCCUUGUCUGUGUGCCCCAUUUUCAAAGUUAUUGGUGUUUCUUCUAUUUGCUCUGUAAAAAUG